AUGCUAUACCUUUGCUAUCUAGUUCGACCAGAAACUAUUCCUCUACUGUUGAUCUCUUUCGAAAUGGGUUGUAUUACAAAACGAGUCUUUCCCACCGCUUACCUCUACGCUCUUCUUUGUCAAACUGUAUUUUUCUACCAGGGUCAAUCCAGCAAUAUCUCAUCAAUAGAUAUCGCUAUAGGAUAUAAAGGACUCUCCUCGUAUAAUGAAGCUUUCGUUGGAUUUCAAAUUUUCGCCAACUUCUACGCUGCCCCCAUAGCUUUUACUUUUGGCUACUUAAAGAUGUCUGACGGCUUUAAAUCCGACGAUUGGAUACGUCUCCUCAGUGCCACACUCCAACUUCGCUCUGUGAUUAUGUUUUCUUCACUUGCUGGAAUGAUCAGUCUUUCCGGACAUUUGUUCAUGUUUAGCGUCCUUGCUCCUAAGCUAAUUUGUGAACUUUUACAUAUGAUCUCCAUUCUCUCGUUAAUUGCUUGCUUGUUUGUUUCGUCCUUUCUGUUUCAAAAGGCUCGCUUCAUCUGCUCAUUACUUACGGGUUACAAAAUAGACCAAAAAGAUCCUUCUUAA